UGAGGAGGGCUUAGUUUAUGGCAAGGGAUAUGGAAGAGGAGAAGGUCCUGCAGCUUAUUCCGCCGGCGCAAUCAGAAGCUACAACAGCCGCUGCUGCUGCUGCUACUCCAUCAGCUGAUCAAGCAAUACUGAUAAGCAAAGGCACCACAUUUAUCAGAACUUGCUUCAAUGCAAUCAAUUCCAUAUCUGGUGUAGGGAUACUGUCAAUGCCAUUCGCACUCUCCCAGGGCGGAUGGUUGAGCCUGGCACUCCUUUUCUUGGUAUCAAUCCUCAGCUUGUACACAGGUUUGCUCGUGCAACGUUGUAUGGAAGGGGACCUGCUAGUGAAGACAUACCCUGACAUCGGGGAGCGAGCCUUUGGAGCAAAAGGCAGAGUUACGGUUUCAAUUUACCUCUACCUGACGCUCUACUUGCUGGCGGUGGAGUUUCUGAUACUGGAAGGGGACAAUCUGAACAAGCUGUUCCCAAACAAGGUUUUCAGGCUGGUUGGUGGGCUGAUUCUCCAAGGCAAACAAGCUUUCGUCCUGCUCACCGCCCUUGUAAUCCUACCGACCACAUGGCUGAGAAGCUUAGGAGUUUUGGCCUAUGUCUCCAUCGGCGGGGUCGUGGCUUCUGUUGCACUGGCUGGCUGUGUUUCGUGGGUCGGGGCGGUCGACGGAGUCGGGUUCGGCGAGAGUACUGGUCGUCUUCUGAGGUUGGAGACGUUGCCUAAUGCUGUCAGCUUGUUCACAUUUGGGUUUAGUGCACACUCUGUUUUCCCCACGCUCUGCAACUCCAUGAGGGAUAGAACUCAAUUCUCCAAGGUCUUGCUAAUUGGCUUCCUGGUAACCUCACUCACCUACGGAUGGACAGCAAUUGUUGGAUGCCUCAUGUAUGGAGACCACACAAAGUCCCCAAUAACCCUAAACCUUCCCGUUGGGAGAAUCAGUUCCAAGAUCGCAAUUUACACCACUCUGGUGAACCCUGUGACCAGAUAUGCAAUAGUCAUCACUCCAAUUGCAAAUGCCAUCGAAGAGAGAUACAUCUUUUCCACCAACUACAGUCAACUUCUUAGCAUCCUGAUGAGAACCCUAAUCUUGGUCAGCACCGUCGUCGUUGCACUAACUGUUCCGUUCUUUGGCUAUAUCAUGGCAUUCAUGGGAUCAACGUUAAGCGUAAUGGGGACGAUGUUGCUGCCUUGCUUGUGCUACAUUAGGAUUAAGGAGUCGGGCAGGAGAUUAGGGUUGGAGUUUAUGGUGAUUGUGGGGAUCUUGAUCUUUGGUGUUGUUGUUGGCGUGGUGGGGACUUGUACUUCGGUGAGACAAAUUGCUGAACAUUUGUGAUAUGCUAAGGGAAAAUUGUUUGCAAACACUUACAUAUAAGAUUAAUUGUUUGCAUUUGUAAAGAAAACUGUGCACAAAAUAAUUAUUCAUAACUAUAUCACAUGGUGUAUAUAUAUAGUUUCGCUCACAUUUUUUUAUUGCUCCACUAUCAUGGAAAAAUAAUUAGUUCAAUUGUAAAUAAUGAUUUCAAAUCCAA